AAUAUGAAAGAACUGAAGUAAGUUUUUCACGACUACGCUACGAACAUGGGUGUUGUGCGCGCGUGUGGUUAUAUUUUUGUGAUGUUCGUGUCCUGCCAUCUUGUUGCAGGGAAGCCAUUUUUUGGUUCGUUGUUAAUGUUAUGCGCUCUAUGCGACGACGAUUAUGACGAUGCUACCAGCACUACAGCCAGUUAUGAAGACUUGGUCGACUACCUUUGCGACUGUGGACCUCGACCACGACGGACAACAACGCCUAGACCGGGACUACUGCCGAAUAACAUCAGGAUGGCCAUACCGCCAGCUAACGGUGUAAACUUUACAAUGUCCAAUGUGAACGGACUUUGGGAAAUGGUAAUGUCGCCGUGGGGAGGUGCGCCAGGUGCCCCUGCCACUCCUGCGCCUGCUGCUCCAGGUGCUCCCGCGGCACCUGGUGCCCCCCCUGCUCCAAUGCCAGCGGGUGCGACGGCGGCUACCCUACCACCCACCGCCGCGCCGACUCCUGCAGCAGCUGGUUAACCAAUAUAACUAGUUUAUAUAAAGUAUUUGUUAUAUUUAUCCAUGUUGUAUUGUAUAGUAGUGUUACCGUUAAUAAGAAUUAAGUUUGAAUAAAUAUAGAAAUUAAAUUAUAUGUA